UGUACACUGUAAAAAAAAACUGUAAAAAAACGGUAAAAUGUACAGUAGAAAUUUGAAGGAAUUUUCCGUUUUUACAUUUUACAGGUAUUUUUCCCGUAUUUUCAAUUUGGCGCAUUGCAUCAUGGGAACAAGAACCUGCACGAAGCGCAAAAUCUUGUUCUGUAGCCAUUCAAAGCUCUCUCUCCGACACUGAAUGUGUAUCCUGGACCCAGGUUGGACUUAGAAGUUGGAGUAAUCGGUUUUUGGCACCUCUGGGGUAAUGUAAAGUAAAUCAAUAAACAUUUUUUAAAUUAAAAAAACAAAACAUAGUAUUAGUAUAGAUAAUAUUUCAGACUGGCGAACCGCUAUCUUCUUGUAAAUACGGUAUAAUUUUGCAUUCGUUUUACUAAAAAUGUUUUUACUCAUAUUUUUAAAAUACCGUUUUUGGUUCUGAAAUGUAAAAGUAAGACGAGGUUAUUUAUAACGGUGACCGCUUUUCUCUUUUUUUUCCCACACUCCAAGUACGGCGCCCAUUUUUGCAUUUAUCUCUUGAGGAACUUGCUAGCUUGAUUUUUUCGACCAUCUUAAUAAGAAUGUGUCUCACAUAGCCCCCCAAAUUAUUGAUAUAUAUGACAGUCGUCGUCUGCUGUGAGUUUUCUUGAUUUAGCCUUUGGUGUUAUGCGUUUUUUUCUUUUCAAUAUCCAAACUGUUGAUAAAUGGCGCGUGAAAGUUAGCAGUUCAUGGCGUCAUACUGCUUGUGCUUAUUCUUAAAUGUCAGGCUGUAGUUAUUUUAAUUGUUAAGCACAAUUUGAUAACCUGGGUGUGAGACGCAGGUGGGGUUUUUUUUUUUUCUUACUUUGACAGGAUAGUUUUUACGUCCAGACUCCAGCUUUGUUCUCUUCCGGUUCGUUUUUUGUUUGAACAUUAUCUUUUUCAGCCAGUGAUAAACCAAGACAGUCCAGAGUCUGAUGUUCGAAGAAUGAUGGCUGAAACCUAUAGCAUCCAGCGAGCAGCAAUCAACAGAGGAAACUCCAUCAGCAAGUUAUUAGAAGACUGGCCUUUUCUCUUUGAAGCAAUCCACCUGUUUGAUCACACAACCACCCUUCUUGGCUUCCCAGUACAAACCAGACUGGCAGAGGAAUUGUCAAAGAAAGAAAAGACAAUAAAGGACUUCCUUGGGUCCAGAGGGGUGGAUAUUCCAGGAAGUGAUGCUGUCCAGGUGAUUAGUGGAAUCGCAAAAUUCUUCAAGGAGAAACCAACCCAACUAUUUUGUCAAAAUGAGCUGCUGCAUCCAGAGAGUCCUGAUCUUGACCUGCCAAGCACCCCAUGCAUCUUUAUAAUGGGUGAACAGCUUUUUAAAGUUGCUGUUGACCAAAUGAUUGUGAAUGACCACAUCAAGUCACCCAUCGCUGCCCUAAGCUACACCUUCUCCAUGUUUUAUGUCUUGAACAUAAAAUAUCCAAAAGACAUGUCCCUGACACUGGAAUUUAUACAAAGAGUCUUUCUGGGCUUAAACCCCAAACGAGGGUCAAAGGCAGAAAUGAAGGGGAAGAAGCAUCAUCACAUUCCACCCCGACUGCUCAAGUUUGUAAAUGAACUGUAUGACUUUGACAGUCCAUGGAAAAUUUGAUUCUUGUAAAAGGUGAUGCUUCAUAAUGUUCUCUGUUAUGUUGACAGCAGUUCAGAAAAUAGUAGUUGGAUGUUGGUCCUUGUUUACACCUGUGAUUUUAAUCUUGUAAUGCAAAUUGCAAGAUUAAAAUUGUAUUUUUUUAAUGUUAGUGUUGGAUUGUGUUAAUUAAAUUAAACUUAACAAAAUUAUUAAAUUGACUUCAAAGUCUGGACUCAAGAAUGAACUUUACAUUGACCUUAACAACUUUAAAAAUAUGUUUGACUGAAUAUAUAAUUGAGAAUGCAAUUUGUAAUUAUAUUGUAAUGAUGUGUUGAUAUGGUAUUGAAAAACCAUGAACUGCAAAAUAAAAUUUGCAAAUGGA